CGCAAUUUUUGGCUGAUCGUGGGUUUCUGCGCGAUUUGCGUGAGGGUGUGCGGGCGGCCGCGAGGCCACGAUGUAGUGCAGAUGAAACGGCAACAUGGCUGACGGAGAAGAAAGUCGCGCAUUCUACCCGUCACCCAGCCUCUCCCUGGCACUGCGCGACGACAGUUGCCAGCUGCUGGGGCGCGUUCAGCGACUCGCAGACGCAGCCAUAUCCUUCGACGAGAGAGGCAAGCCGACCACACUACACACACGGCAGGAAGGAUCCAGAUCCAUGAAUUCAUUGCCUGUGAUCUUCUGUGACUGUGGAUGUUGGUGUGCAGAAGGGGUUCUCCACAUUUUCGGUAGUGAUGCGGCUCAGACCAUAGCGGAUGGCUACCUCACGCUGCUGGAGCAGCUGCAGCACAGCGAUGGCUCCAUCGACCCAGCCAACUUCCCAGCACUGCUCGACAGCUGCUCGACGAUCAGCGUCCCGCACGAAGCCGUUGGCGGUGUGAUAGGUCCGGUCCGGUGCACAGAAGAGGGAGGCGACACAUGCACACGUAUGGCUGCACGUCUGCGAGUGCUCUGUGUGUGUGCCGUCGGUGUUGCAGGGUAUUCUGAUGACGAGUGCGCCAACCUGGAGAGGCUGGGCGGUGUCCAUCAGGUGUUGGUGUGCAGGGUCAGACCACAGGAGGAGGCACGGGUGGGCGGCAACCUGGUGGCCAUCUACGGAGCCACGUGGGCGAAUACACAUGGACGUCCGUAUAUGUGGGCUUCUGUGCUGUUCUGUGUGUGUCUGUCUGGUUGUGUGGGUAUCAGGGCGAAUCGUUGUGCGUGUGAGCUGCACCUGAUGCGGCAGAUCGAGUCGAUUGUGCCGGGAUACUUCUCAGGCCGCUCACGUAACCCAUUGCCAGACCCAAACCACAUCGCCAUCACCCUCUAUGUAUCCCCGUGUGCUGCCUCUGUGUGUGUGUGUGUUUGUCAUGCCAGCGUUUCGGUUGGGAGGGCGUGAGGGAUUCCCAGACAAGUACGACGAGCAUUAUGGUGCGACGGAGGACUUCGGCAAAGACUGGCGGCGGCUCGGCCCCUCACAAAGCCUGGCUGUGGAGCACGCCAAACCGAGCAUUGCACGGGCGGCGGGCGGAAUCAUUGAGGUCCACCUUCACACGCACACGCAGACUGCGCCGUCACUCUGUCUGUGUGGUGGGUGGGUGGCUGAGUGCAGGUGUUGUCGGGGUUAGUGGUGAUGGCGGGUGGCCUACUGGCCCGCCUCCGUAUGCGAGAGUAUCUCAACUUCUGGCUCAUGGCGAGAGAUCAGCACGACUGGGAUGGAGAUCACAUGUACAAUAGGUCGGGAGCAGAACACAACACAACACAACACAACACAUCCCCAAAACCACGCGCACGCACACAUAAGGACUGGGUUGGUGUGGUGUGGUGUGGUGUGUGCAGGGGCGAUGUAGCUGUCGUGUUGGUGCCACCCGGUGUGUCCGCGGCGGACGUGCAGGCCAUCAGCAGGGAGGUCGAGACAACAGCCGCCGUGCUGUGCCUUCAGGACACGACCACCGCCCAGUAGGCACUCAAGACGUGAUCGAUACAUAACCAGCAGCCAAUCCACACAUGUGAUGUGUGCAUUCCUUUGCAGGGGCGCAGAGGGCCGUGUGUUCGUCCUCAGCCAUAUCGACAGUGAGCGACAACACGCGGUGAGCCUCUUCCAUAGCCGAUUCUCAAACGCCGAUGGCGCCUUCGCAUUCAGCGACGAGGCAUCCAGGUCACGCCACACGCUGGCAUCCCUCACAUUUGCGGCCUCUUUGUGUGUGUGUGUGUGUGUGUGUGCAGUCCAGAGUCCCCCGCCGCCGCGCCUUCCGAGUACUACAGCACCGGCAGCGUCGACAUUCACCUCGCCCGGCCGACUCUCGAGGUGUGGAGGGACCAGCCCAAAUGGCUCAGACGCGUCGAGAAAUCCACGGGGGUCUCCCUGGCCGUCAACAGUAGACCAGCAGCACCGACCAGACAGACAGACAGACAACAGGAAGACCACACCCCACACGAGGAAAGGUGUGUGUGUCUGUGUGUGUGGGGCUGGGGUAUAUGUAGGUGUGGAGUCGUACAUUCGUGCGACCGGCAGCCCGGCUCAGCUCAAGAGGGCGGAGGGGUUCAUCAAGCUGGGCAUCCCCUCCCUGACGGUUCGCAAGACCGUUCACCUGCGCGAGAUCCCCGCGCUCAACGACGUCCGCACCACGCUCACCAUUCCCAUGGAGUUUCAGAAAUACGUCAUCGGAGGUACGCCCAGACAUACACACAGACACACAGAGAGAGAGAGAGAGAGAGAGAGAAAGCCGUGGUGUGCUCAGCUGGAGGCGUCCUUCCUCUCUCUCUCUCUCUCUCUGUGUGUGUGUGUGUGUGUGUGUGGAUGUGUGCAGAUUUCCACAACUUUCGGGAGGGUUUGAGGAUAAUGGACACAUACGACUGCUGGGUGCUGCCCGUCACGCAAAGCAAGAAGGCCACCUUCGCCAGGGAGCAGAGCGACCCCCAACGCACCAGACAAAUCGCCAUAUUCGGCACUCAGUGAGCACCUACCUACCCAUGACACACAACACAAAGCCCACACAUACGUGCUGCGCAUCUGUGUGUGGGUGUGGGUGUGUGCAGGCGAGCUCGUGAGGGCGCCAAGCUGCAGAUAAUGAGGAUCAUUGAGAGCCAUUGCGAGGGGUAUUUCACCAGCAGUACGUGCCACCCAUCAAUCACAUCACACCGCUCCACCACGCACACGAUUUGUUUUCUCUCUGUAUCUCUCUCUGUGUGUGUGUGUACGUGUGUGUGUGUACGUGUCUUGUUUGUCGCUGAUCAGGUUUGCCGCACCUCUACCAGCAUGACGCCACUGACGGCUUCGCCAUCGACACACUCAGACUCACCCCAGAGUGAGUCGAUGGCAUGACCCGCCACACACGACACAACACAACACAUGACUGUCCCUAUGUGUCGGUGUGUGUCAGCAUCAAAUCGUACCUCCUGAGCCGCGGCAGGACGGCUGAGCGCAUCAGCCGGGCGGCGGGCGGCAUCUUCCAGAUCGUGAGCAGCCACGCCUUCCUGGCGGGCACCCGGCGCGAGCGGCAGCUGAUGCACGAGUACCUCCAGAUACAAAUGGCCAUGAAGCGGCAUGCCAACAUCCGACAGCAAUUCAAUGUCGACACACGGUGAGUAGUGCUCUUGUCUUGUGAGGCUGGGGGCGGAGUAUCAUCUGGCAGAUGUGCCUGUGUGGGUGUGGGUGUGGGUGUGCAGGGACGAUGUGACUGUGGUGCCUUGGGGGGAGGGCGGGCGGGGCGGCGGUGACCCCAUUGCACUCUGUCAGAAGGUAGCCGACAAGAGCAAGACUUUCUGUGCCGUAGGGGAUGCCUGGUACGCCCGCCCCUCAAUAAUCAGCCACACACCAUCCCCCACUCACUUAGUCGUUGUGUGUCGUUUUUUCAGCAUGAUGGUGUUUGGUGCUGACGCCGCGGAACGGGGCCGUGCUGUGGCCAUUCUGGAGGAUCGGGUGCCCGAAGACCCACCUGCUGACGCACAAGACACCAGCGGCAAUGGUCAUGGUGUUGAGGAUGGCGGACCCUCACGUGCACCCAAGGCACCCGCACGAUUCCCGGGGUAAGCACGUGCGGCGACAACAGCACGGCUGUCUUUGUGCAUUCCUGUCCGCUCUAUUGUGUUGUGUGCAGCCCGACACAGCAGCAGCAGCAGCAGCAGCGGCAGCAGCAGCAGCAGCGGCAGCAGCAGCAGCGUGACCAUAACGAUUGGGGUGCGGGCAGCAGUAGUGCCACGGGUGUGGGCGGCGGCGGCGGCGGUGGUGGUGGUAUGAAUGGUGGGAAUGGUGGGAAUGGCGGGCGCGUGUGGGAGGGACAAGACGACGUGGGGCAACAACAGGUGGGGCAGGGUGAUCCUUCGCCGCAACACGACACAUACGGCGGCGGAUGGAAGGGUGUUGCGAUGCGUAUGCGUGUGCGUUCAUCGUUGCACACCACACAGGAUGGUGGUGGUGGCCACUACCUCCCCCCGUGGCCGACGAGCCUCCCAGGCAGACAGGACCAAGUCAGACAGGGACACCGUGUCGCACAGGUGAGGCAGGCAGGCAGAGAGGCAGCCAGGCAGGCAGGCACAUACAUGAUUUGGUGGCCUCUUAUCCUAUAUCCUCGUCUGUGUGUGACGUGACAGGAUGACUAUUAUGAUGCUGACGAUAGCGACGAGUCUCCCCCGCCGGCGUGUCCCCCUGCCUAUCGCGGCCGCCGUCCCGACCUGCCGCCACCCAUGCCAUCGCCAUCGCCAGCACCACCAGCACCAGCACCACAGCCACAGCCACAGCCACAGCAACAGCCGCGGGACAACCACAGGCAUGGACACACACGUGUCCUGCAUUGGAGGGAGGGAGGGAGGAAGCUGUGACAUGGAGUGAGUGUGCUUUGUGUAUGUGACGUCAGGGUGCGUGAGUUGGAGGCAGCGUUGCGUCGUGCGAAAGAUGAGUUGGCGGCAAAGCGGCAGCAGCACCAUGAACUCGCGGACAGGUGCGUACAAGCCAAAGAGAUGGACGUUGCUCAUAUGGACGUGUGUGUGUUGUGUGUGUGUGUGUGUGUGUGUGGUGCAGCGUUGCGAGGCUGGAAGCCGACACUCGUCGCAAGAUCAGCCGGGCGGAGGAGGCCAGGGCCCUCCAGGCCCGACUCAACAACAUGGCCCGCAACCUCGACAUCACCAACCCACUCAAGUAAACCAUUCACCCCGCACCACCCCACACCACCCCAGACACAGCCAUUCUCCCUCUCCCUCUCUUUCGCUCAGCUACACUCGGGCCCAUGUGCAAAACGCCUGCACGAUCACCGAGCUGCAUGACCUGAACGACGAGCUCAAGGCGGCUAUCGAGACGGCUGACCGGCGGAUCGAUGCGGCUGAGACGGCGGCCAACGGCUGGCGGGAUGAGCGCCAUCGGCUGGACGGACUCCUGCGCACCAUCACACAGCGACUGGAUGACUGAAUGGGGUCAACUGACGCACAAAGACACUGAGAGGGGGGAGAUAGAUAUGGGGGCGGGAGUCAGGGAGUUGCGCCAGAUUGCGUCUCGCUCGGCUGUGUCCUUUCUUGCCGUCAGUCACGCCCAUCCCACUAUUUGACGCUGCCGCUCUCAAAUAGUGGGAUGGGUCCCACAGACGGACAGAGAGGAAGGCCCUUGCGUGGCGUGGGUGAGUGGAUGGAGGUUGCGUGUACACACAUACAUACAUUCAUAUGGCUUGGACAAACUGAUUCAUUAUGAUGGCCAUGAUGAUGGCAGAUCAACUGCAGAGCCGAAAGAAUGUUGUUUCCGAAUUGAUGUGUUAAGCCAUCCAGGUGAAGUCACAUUCGCCCGUCA